UGUGCACUGCCAUUUCUGUUGUGGUUGCCCAAGAAACGGCAGAUGUGGAUUAAUCCUCGAUACGUUUACCAGAGUUUGACAUAGAUCCAAUAUUAAAUGUCAGGCUUUCCACAGACUGGAACACAUUUUUUGUCAUCCACCGCGAAAUGAAUUCUGAUCGGUUCGCACUCUCAGUUGAUGACUAUCUGGCAGCUGAGACGAAUGUUCUCCUCUAUCUGAAUGAUGCGGUUACACAACUUCUUGAACAUAAGGAGGAAUACACUCAGUUUGGAGUUGGACGUUAUUUUGCUGAAUAUUUUAACAGCGUGAAGAAUGGCAACCAUGUCCUUUUCAGAGAGUUCAACUACAUAAAAGCAACCCCACACAACCGUGCAUCUUUCAUUAGGAUAUUCUGGAGAUCUUUCAGACAAAUUGGAAAAAAUGGAGACCUAUUGGCAGCAAUGGAGUACAUCUCACUCCUGCAACUUUUAUGUCCUGACUUUCCAACAGAGAUGGUACAAAACACAGCCAGGAUUGUGCUGAUUGAUGAUGCAGUGGACAGUCCGAUGUCCUUCUCAGACUUCUUGUAUUCUUUCCAAAUUAAAUUUUACUUUGAGGAGUUCCUUGACAGUGUGUCGGUGAUUUAUCAGGACCUUCUUUCGGGGAAAAGUCCCAACACUGUGAUCGUCCCCACCUCAUCUUCAGUGGAGCAGCUGAGCAGCCUGGCUGAAGAUGAGCUGGAGGUUCAGGAGGCGGUGGACUCGGCCAUCUUUGCAGAAUGCAUUGAGGCCCUGUGUGAGAGGUUUAAGCACAGCCACCCCUCCCCCUCGGCAGUCCGAGAGAUACUGGAGAAUUCUCAGCGGGUGUCUUUCUACGGCUUCCUGAUGGCCAUGGCAAAAAGUGAAAAUAUCAAUCAGGAUAUUGGAGCCUUACCAAAUAAGUCUGAACUUCUGUUGGACCCAGAGAUGGACCAAGAGUUGGAGAGACUCAUCGCCCAGAUCUCCAUCAGCCCCACCUCCAACAGCAGCGGCAGCGCCACUGGCCUCAAGGAGCUGCCCAAGAAGGCCUCGCCGCGCAAAUCCCUCCACCACCGCAAGAGGAUCGAGAUGGAGAGUGACGGCUCGACAGAGGAGACCGAUUCCUCCGAGAACUAGUGCCCCACUCCGCAUGUCCCUGUUACACAGACACACGACCACACCAAUCCCACAGCAGAUCUCCGCAUUCAUAUCCGUAGACGCAAUAUGAUAUUCUGCAAAUGGCAUGAGAGAGCUCAGCUUUUGGAGAACAAGCCAGAAUGUCUACCUAGAAUUUGAGCUAAUCGUCCUACUCAUUGCAUUCCGGAAAUUAUUAUGUGUAUUGCAUAUUGUACUGUGCAAAGUUCUAUUUUUAUUUUUAAUUUUAUGAGAGUUAACUAUUUAUUCUGUUAUCGUAACUAUUUAUUGUAUGAUUACAUCACCACUGGAAUAUCAUUGCAUUGAAAAGAAUAACACUUA